AUGGCUCUCAGGGUGACAGCAGAUGUGUGGGCAAGACCCUGGCAGUGCCUGCACAGGACGAGGGCACUGGGCAGUACGGCAACACAGGCCCCCAAGACACUGAAGCCCUUUGAAGCCAUACCACAAUACUCCAGGAACAAGUGGCUGAAGAUGAUACAGAUCCUGAGGGAGCAGGGCCAAGAGAACCUACACCUGGAGAUGCACCAGGCCUUCCAGGAACUAGGGCCCAUUUUCAGGCACAGUGCAGGGGGAGCACAGAUUGUGUCUGUGAUGCUGCCUGAGGACGCUGAGAAGCUGCACCAGGUGGAGAGUAUCCUCCCGCGUCGGAUGACGCUGGAGUCGUGGGUGGCCCACAGAGAACUCCGUGGCCUGAGACGUGGUGUGUUCUUGCUAAAUGGGGCAGACUGGCGCUUCAACCGACUGCAGCUGAAUCCAAAUAUGCUGUCACCAAAAGCCGUUCAAUCUUUUGUCCCCUUUGUGGAUGUGGUAGCAAGGGACUUUGUGGAAAACCUGAAGAAGAGAAUGCUGGAGAAUGUUCAUGGAAGCAUGUCUAUGGACAUUCAGUCCAAUGUGUUCAACUAUACCAUGGAAGCCAGCCAUUUUGUUAUUUCCGGAGAGCGACUGGGCCUCACAGGCCAUGACCUGAAACCUGAGAGCCUGAAGUUCAUUCAUGCUCUGCACUCAAUGUUCAAGUCCACCACACAGCUCAUGUUCUUACCCAAGAACUUGACUCGUUGGACAAGCACCCAGGUGUGGAAAGGACACUUUGAGUCCUGGGAUAUCAUCUCUGAGUAUGUCACAAAAUGUAUCAAGAAUGUGUAUCGCGAACUGGCAGAGGGUCGCCAACAGUCCUGGAGUGUCAUAUCCGAGAUGGUAGCACAGAGUACUCUGUCAAUGGAUGCCAUCCAUGCCAACUCAAUGGAACUUAUUGCUGGAAGUGUUGACACGACAGCAAUCUCCUUGGUAAUGACCCUUUUUGAGCUGGCUCGGAACCCAGAUGUUCAGCAGGCCCUGCGGCAGGAGAGCCUGGCAGCUGAGGCCAGCAUCGCUGCUAAUCCCCAGAAGGCCAUGUCAGACUUGCCCUUGCUGCGGGCUGCCCUUAAAGAGACCUUGAGGCUCUACCCCAUUGGUAGCUCUUUGGAGAGAAUCGUAGACUCAGACCUGGUGCUUCAGAACUAUCAUGUCCCUGCUGGGACGUUGGUCAUAAUUUAUCUGUACUCCAUGGGCCGAAACCCUGCAGUGUUCCCAAGACCUGAGCGCUACAUGCCUCAGCGCUGGCUGGAGAGGAAAAGGAGUUUCCAGCAUCUGGCCUUCGGCUUUGGGGUGCGCCAGUGCCUGGGGCGGCGCCUGGCAGAGGUGGAGGUGUUGCUCCUGCUUCACCAUAUGCUGAAAAUCUUCCAAGUCGAGACACUGAGGCAAGAGGAUGUGCAGAUGGCCUAUCGCUUUGUUUUGAUGCCCAACCCUAGACUCGUCCUCACUAUCCGGCCUGUGAGCUAG